AUGUUUCCUGGUGGCCCCAACCCGUCCAAGCCACAGAGUGCGCCAGGCACGACAAACCUGCCACUCGUCCUCAUCCACGAUGGGGGCGGCACAUCGUUCGCCUACUUCCUCCUGGGCGAGCUGGAGCGCGACGUGUGGGCGAUCCACGACCCCAACUACUGGCAAGGCAAGACGUGGCCCGGCGGCAUGGACGAGAUGGCCAGGCACUACAUUGUGCUGAUGCACAACGCCGGCAUCCGGGGCAAGAUCCUCCUCGGCGGCUGGUCGCUGGGCGGCCUGCUUUCCAUGACCAUUGCGCAUCUCCUCGCGGACGACCCGACGGCUCCCUUUUCCGUCGCAGGCACCGUCCUCAUCGACACCCCGUACCACGUGCCCAACGCCGAAACGGGCGUGCGCGACCCGGACAUGAGCAACCUGCCCAAGCUGAUCCAAAAGUCCCUCCAGAACUGCGAAAUUUAUCUCGAGCACUGGAGAGUGCCCACCUUCUCUGGCCCUGCCCAUGGCGGGAAACCUGUCCGACUGCGUGGACUGCCCGGUGAGCCUGAGCUGCAGCCAGGCCAGUACCUGCACACGCCCGUCGAGGGCGAGCCGAAGGUGAAGCAAGGGCAAAAGUACGAAUUCCUUGAAUCCUCUGCGAAGCCCCUCGCACCGGCGCCACCUGGCGUGUUGCUACGCGGCCUGCGGCGGUCGGAGACCAAGUCGGGGCAGACAGAGGAGUGCACCAUCGACAUUUUCCGCGACGACGAGUUGCUUGGCUGGGGAGGGCGGUAUCCCGACUUCAUCAAGGCUACAUAUGACAUUGAAUCAGCGCAUUUCGACAUUUUCGACCAGCUUGAUGAGAAAAAGGCGAGUCUUCACCACAGUACCCUGCGUUGCUUCAUUCACAACUGCUGA